UCUCUCACUCCCUCAUUUACUUGCUCACUCUCUCCCUCUUUCACUUCUCUUUCUCUCAUUUACUCUCUCAUUUACUUUCUUUCUCACUCUCUCACUCACUCAUUUACUUACUCGCUUAGUCACAAAUUCAAUGGCUCGCUCACUCAAUCAUUCUCUCACUCACUCAUUUGCCAACUCACUCACUCACUUAUUCACUCGCUCACGCACUCACUCACUCAUUCACUCACUCAUUCACUUACUCAUUCGCUCGCUCAACUCGCUCAAACACUCGCUCUCUCAUUCGCGCACACUUACACACUCACUUUCUCGUUCACUCGUUCACUCGUUCACUCGCUCACUCGCUCACUCGCUCACUCGCUCACUCACUUACUCACUCCCUCACUCACUAAAUCACGCACUCACUCGCUCACUUCCUCACGCACUCACUCACUCGCUUGCUCGCUAACUCACUCACUACUCACUAGUUCGCUCACGUACUCAUUCACCCACUCACCUACUCACUCACUCACUUUCUUACGUUAG